UUUCUGCGUUUCUGCGUCGAUGAAGCAACGAUGUCAACAAGAGUAACACGCAUAGCUUUUUAAUAAUGGCCACGGGUUUCGACAAAAUCUUUGUGCUGCUUUGUGUUUUUCGUAUUUUUUGGACUCCAAUACAAGCAGAGAAACACUCGCUGUAUUACAUUUACACGGCUUUGUCCAAACCUGUCGAUCUGCCGGGCAUCUAUCAGUUCACUGCUAUGGGUCUGCUAGAUGACAUACAGAUCGACUAUUACAAUAGCAGAGAACAGAGGAAGAUUCCCAAACAGACCUGGAUGAAGGAGAAACUAUAUGAGGAUUACUGGGAAGAAGGCACCCAGUCAAGAAAGAGCAAAGAACAGUGGUUUAAUGUGAAUAUCGACAUUCUGAUGAAACGCAUGAGACACCAUGAAUCAGAUCUUCAUGUUUUUCAGAUGAGAACUGGUUGUGAAGUUGAGCAAUGGGAAAGUGAAGUGAAGUUUUCCAAAGGCGUUUAUGAGUACGGCUAUGAUGGAGAAAACUUUCUGUCGUUUGAUGAUAGAGAGUCUCAGUGGGUCGCUCCAGUUUACGCAGCUCUACCAACCAAGAGUAAAUGGGACAAUAUGCCCUUCCUAAACCAAUACACCAAAGGCUACCUAGGAAAAAAUUGUGUGGACUGGCUCAACAAAUUUACAGAAUAUGGAGAAAAUGAGCUCAGAAAUGGCUCUCCUCCAGAUGUUCAUAUGUUUGCAAAAAGGUCUACCAGCGACAAAACCAAGCUGACCUGUAUGGUCACCGGUUUCUACCCCAAAGACACAGUGUUGUUCAUUAGGAAAUAUCGCACAUCUCUGCCUGAAGAUGAGACUGAAUCCACAGGAAUCAGACCAAACCAUGAUGGCACCUUCCAGCUGAGGAAGAGUGUGGAGACCCAGGAGAAUGAAAAAGCAAAUUAUGAUUGUUUUGUUGCUCACAGAACCCUCAAAGAACCAAUUAUCACCAAAUGGGGUAAUUAA